AAUGGCGUCGCCCUGACGGCAUACGCCACAAUGAAGAACGAAAGGAGCGAACGCCUCAACUUCACAGUAACGCAUGACAUGGCGCCGUCGGCCACCAUCUUUGCUUACUACUACAAUAGCGAAUCAUUAGAAGUGGCCAGUGACAGUUCUGAGUUCGUCGUAGUGGCAUCUUCUUCCAUUCAAAAGGUGCAACUCACAGUUGGUCCACAAGAUACAAACCAUGACUACGUCAUCCCAGGACUGAGGAACAAGGCAAGAGUUAAAGUGCAAGCAACACCCAAUGCUCUGGUCGGUUUACUGGCCGUCGACAAAAACCUGCUGGAGCUAGCCGCCGACCACGAUCUGUCCACCGACUACAUCGCUCUUGGCCUUCUACGUGGAUCAAAUCAGAAGACGCCAAAUCUUGCAGUUUCUACUUUUUCCCUUGUUGAGAUGUUUAACAGCCCCUACUAUCCUCGAAAAGAAUCACGACCAGCACCGCGACCAGCGUCAGUACUACGAAGCGACUUCCGGGAUAGUUUCAUGUUUAUAACCAAACAAGCCAACAAGUACGGAAACCUAUCCCAGCUGGUACUUGUGCCGGAUUCCAUCACAACGUGGGCUGUAACAGCCUUUGCCGUCAGUUCCACGUCACCGCUAAGUUUACCAAAGAAGCCAAGUGAACUGCGUGUCUAUCAAGAGCUCUACAUUGACAUGGAUACUCCCGACUCGAUGAUCGAGAAUGAAACAUGCGUGGUUAACAUAACGCUUUUCAAUUUUCGCAGCCAAACAACAUCGAAUCUGACUUUUCGAUAUUCAGUUCAGAGUACUCGCGACAAAUCUUCAGAUACUAAACUCCCGGCAAUGUCGUCUGCAAAGCUUCAGUAUUUCGCUUUUCCGCUGGGACCAUUUAAACAAGGGAAAGUUUCCGUCACCACGGAAGUUUUGGAUCCAAGCGGCAUCAUUAUAGAUAAAGUACAAAAACAAAUUCACAUUUUCCAGCCUGGUUACCGAGUCUUGAAGACUUCUGACGUUGUCACACUAUCACCGGCAACACCAAUGGUUGAAAUUCCUAUUAACAACAGCGCUGUACCAGAGAACAUUGUACCGGGAUCCCUGCGGACUGCGUUAACGGUCUUUGGUGACGUUUGGGCCCCAGUUAUGAUGCAGUUGGCCUUGCCCGAUUUAAGUAAAGAAUUUGAAGGGCUUAUUCAGGUUCCCACGGGUUGCGGUGAGCAGACGAUGGCGAUGCUCAUGCCAAAUGUGUUUCUUAUGAGGUAUCUGAAGCGGCUGGAAGGUGGCUCUCUGCAAGCUAAUAAUCGGGGCAAAAUAUUGAGAGAGAACCUGGAAAAGGGGUUUGCACGGAUGGCUGGCUAUCGCCUGAAAGACGGAUCUUACAAUGCGUUUGGGCAAAGGGACCGAACAAGUUCGACUUGGCUGACAGCCUUCGUAGUGCGUGGUAUGGCAUUAGCCAGCGAAUUUAUUGGGAUUGAUAAGGGCCAGAUGGAAACUUCGCUGCGUUUUCUCCAAUCCAAGCAACACUCCGAAGGAUAUUUCCGAGAGGAGGGUAGCAUUUUUGAUCGCGACCUGGGCGGUGCUAGUGGACGAAGUGAGGUGUUGACCGCUUUCGGUUACUGGCAUAUAUGGAGAAGCGGAGUCCUCAACGAAGCGUCCAAAAAAGGUUGCCGCCAUCUUGAGAGCAAGUUCCCUGAUACAACGGAUACAUUUGCACUGGCUUUAACCUGCUAUGUCUUCAGCCGGUUUGGCAGUGUUCGGACACAGGAGUGUAUUCACCGACUAAAUGGUCAGGUUACAAAAACAUCGGUUGGUCACCGGUGCUGGUUAGAUAGGAACAGUCCUAAAAUUCCCGGAUACCAGUUUACCGCAAAGGAUAUCGAGACCACAUCGUACGCGCUGCUGGCGUUAAGCAAUAGCAACUACACCGGAAACCUGACCCCGGUUGUGGAUUGGUUGUUGUCGCAGCGCAAUCCGUACGGUGGUUUUGUGUCUACACAGGACACAGUUGUGGCGCUUAAUGCACUCAGCGAGCUGCAAGCCAUUGCGUCCUCGCAGAACUUGGAUUUGGAAAUCGCCGGCGUGAAGAGCGGAAGCAAGCAUCGAAUCAGUUCAAAAAGUCUCUCUCCGAAAACCUUUGUCGUGCCGCUCACGUAGGACAAAGUGGUAAUCAGGACUUCCGGGCAAGGCACAGGUGCCAAUUGAGAUACAGCCUGAACGUUACGUUAUUUGCUCAGGAUAAGGAGAACUGGAGAAUUAGAUCGACAGUUUGUGCCACUUAUACUGGAAAUAUUGAAAGUGGAAUGGUAAAUGAUCGAAAUGGACGCUUUGACCGGAUAUAAAUUCGAUUCAGAGGAUGCCAGUGUGCUUGAAGAGCAACAGGAUGUAGAAAAGGUUGCCUGCACAAGCAAAUGUGAGAUAUACAUUCGCAAGAUCGACACCGGAAAAGGUCUGUGCUUGGCCCUUCAUCUUAUCCAGCACAGUUUUGCGGAGAAUCCAGCUGCUCGACCUAUUAUUGUGUUUCGCAUGUACGAGCCCAGCGUAAAGAAGAUGGUGGAAUAUUCGCUGAAAGACAUCAAACAAUCGAGUUAACCGUUACGGCAGUCGAAAGAAGGUCACAGAUAUGGCUUACCACCUACUGGACUCCGUGAAUGAUUGGCUAGCAGUGUCAUAAACUGGAAAAUCGGUCGGCAAGACUCCGAAUUAACAGAAUUCCUUUUUGUUGUCAAUAAAAUGAAAUAAACCUAGUACCGCGUUUCUUAAACCAAGUCGUGCG